AUGCGGACGAUGCCUGCAGAAGUGACUCCUGUAAACUUUCCGGAGCGGAUCUUUGUGCUUCUCUUCAUGUUCUUCGCGCUCUCCGCUUUUGCCGUCUCUGUUGCGUCUUUGACACAGGCCUACUUCAAGAUCUUCGAGCGGGGUCGCAGCUUCAACGAUGAGAUGUUCUUCGUUCGGAUGUACCUAAACAGGUUUUCGGCAGCGAAGCCGCUGGAGCAGCGCGUGAAGGCAUUCUUGGCGCACCUCUUCGAACGUCGGCGCAUCUUAGCGAAGGAGACCAACCUUAUGGAGAAGCUCCCGGAGGUGCUGAAGAACGAGGUCCAGAACAUGCUGAUCUCCUUCCACCUGACAAAGCUCGAAAUGAUCAAAGACCUAGGUAAGGGUGCCAUCCAGGAAAUUUGUGCGGCAUCCCACCUACAGGACCACAUGCCGGGUGUGGUUAUCUCCACCAUGGGUCAGGCGGGCUGGCUGUUGCUUCUUUGUUCAGGGUGUUGUACUGCCCCUCACCCCAAAAAAGCCCCGAGUGUAGAAGACGAAGAGUCGACCCUGAACCCAACAAGCUCUGAGGUUAGCUUACGGUAUACCUUCUUUGUUUUUUCCCAUAAGCCCUUGUCCACCUUACAAAGGGUUUAA